UGGACAUCCACUGCAGAGUGAAGGCUCAGAAUCUUGGUCAUUUAUUUUCGGUGACUUGGCUGAAGAACCAGAAGAACGUGGCUCAGAUCGGAUCUUCUGGGAUGCUCACUGUGUUUGACAGUUACAAAGAGAGAGACAAUGCAGCGGAGAUGAGAGCAGUGAAAAGCAGUCACACGGACUACCUGCUGACCAUCCGUUCGGCUAGGACUGAAGACCAGGGUCAAUACCAGUGUGAAGUGUGGCAGGAACACAUGAAUGAUGAUGGCACCUUCAGAAAAAUACAAAAACAACUGUCCAGUCCAGAGACUGUGAACAUCACACCCAAAGAGAGUGAUCUGACGGUGGUCAUGGUGAUGAAGGAUGCGGUGACUGAGGGAGAUACACUACAGGUCACCUGCUCUGUGUCGGGAUUCAAAGGUCCUUUAUCAGUGUCAUGGCAACACAAGAAAGACUCAGGGGAUUCCUUCAGUGAUGUCAUUAGUCUGACCCAUGAGGGAGUGAUGAAAGAUAUUGGGACAAGAUAUCAGAACAGACAUGUUCAAACACUCCAUUCUCCAGCUGGAAACUUUACCCUGGAGAUUGGUGCAUCUGCGACAUCUGACAGUGGUGAAUACAGGUGCAUUGUGUCUGAAUGGACCGUGCAGAGCAAUGGAGAGAUGACGAAAGCCAACACCCAGUCUCAGCAAAAAGCCAUUUCAGUUAAUUCUGUUGAAUCUCUAAUGAAGGUGACCUUAAAAAGUCGUACAACAUCUGUGCCUAUAAAUUCUUCAAUAGAAUUACUAUGUACAGUCAAAGGGCCUAAAGUGUCUUUGAGUGUACGCUGGAUGUUUCGGCCCCCCAAUUCAACUGUACAAAGGAACAUUUUAUCCAUACGGCACACUGGAGAAAUCUCCUGGGGAGCAGAUCAGAGAAACUAUCAGCUAUCCGUUCAGCCACAGCCGUCAGCGACAUAUUUUACGCUCAAAGUGCCACGAGCCAGCAAGCAACAAGAAGGACAGUACCAGUGCCAAGUUGAUGCCUAUCAAAAGGAUGUACAGAAAGCCAUGAAAAACUCCAACCCGUUGGUUGUGACUGUACAAGGACCUGGUAAACCUGGUAAGUUUUUUUUUUUUUUUUUAAAUAAUUUUAUUAAGAAGGUACAUUCUACGUCAAACCUUUGAAUAUACAUUAGUCUUUAUACUCUCAUAUCUUUUGAUCUUAAGGCCUAUUCUUAAAUGCUUACAAUUUGUUUUGAAGACAAAUAUAAAUUGUUCCUUCAUAUGAAUUUCUUUCCAUUUUUAUGUGUAAGUUGGACUCUAUAGCGAAUCAGUCAAUGUGUCCAGCAUACUUGUGAUCUCCUUUAAUACAGUUUAAAAGAUUUCCAGGAUGCAUUCCAUGAAGUUG